AUGGUCGAGGUCUCAGAACUCCGGGGGGACCUCGUUCAGGUCACUCAGUCUACUCGCAUUGUGAUGCGCUGUCUCAGCACUGGGCGGGAUUCUCAGGAAACAUCACAAAAGGCUCUCACCCUGCUGGCGGAUAUCUUGGACUUGCUAUAUCGCAUCAAGGAGCAGAUCAGUUGGGGGGAGGAGAAAUGGCACGUGGACCCAUCGCGUCUGGUGGCUUUGGCCGAAAUGCUCUCCUGGCUGAAUUCCUCCAUGAAAUCAAUCGAGCUCUACUUUCAGCCGGGGGGAGUGAGCGUUGCUUACUUCCGGAAACACCUGUUGGAGAGAACAUUCCUACCGCGCCUGGAGCAGUAUAAGAUUCUCCUGUUGCUAGCAAUGCAGCCUGAUUCAGAGGAACGGUCUUGUUUGGAAGAAGAAAUACGAUAUACACUCCGGCUGGCUCGAGGUGUAGAUUGCGGCCCAACGGUUGAUUUACAAUUCGAGGAAGAUGCACUGGGCAUAACAAGUCGACUUUGCUCUGAACAAUUUAUUGGCCUCGCCGACUUGUGUAACCGACGUCUCAAAGGGUCAUGCAACUGGUUCUUCGAUCACACAGAGUACAGACGCUGGCUGCUUGGAACUUUCAAGACACUUUACUGUGUCGGUCCGCCUGGUGCGGGAAAAACAUUUCUUUCUUCUGCUAUCAUCGAUUCUCUGCAAAGAACUUUCACGGGGCCCGAUGUAGCCACGGUAUUCGUUAUCAUCCAGCAGGAGCAUGCAAAGGACCAUAAUUCCACCGAUAUUUUACGCAGCAUACUGGCUCAGCUCGUAUAUCGCAAGCGCAGUCUUUCUUAUGCAACAUCGUCUCUUUACCACUCUGAAUCCUUGACAAAAGGGAGGGCCUCGCCCAAGGAAUACCAUAACGCAAUACGUGCGGAAGUCAAUCGUUUCUCGAAAGUCAUGUUCGUCAUGGAUGGACUGGAACUACUUUCUGAUAAAGAGCGCAUUCUGAGCCGACUGCAGAAACUCCCGGAGCAUGCACAGCUAUUAGUCACCCUUCGUGAAGUUACCCAAGUGGGAGACGCAUCUUAUGUGAGCAUCCUGGGAUCAUCAGAGGAUCUUCAAAGAUAUGCUAUCUCUCGGAUCGAGAAUGAUGCUGGAUUGAGGGGGUUGUUUGAAAAGGAACCGGACACUCGGUUGUACGAAGAGGCCGUAUACACUGUUGUGGAAAAGUGCCAUGGAGUUUUCCUUUUGGCGCAUAUACAUUUAGAUCUUCUGUCGCGCUACACGGACCGAAACCUUCUGGAACGAGCUUUGGUCCAUUUACCAGAGAGCCUCAUUGAGGCCUACAGUGAAGCGAUGAAGCAGGUAGUGAGCAUCAACCCGAGUGCCGCUCGCUACGUAUACUGGACAUUGUAUGCUUUUCGACCGUUGACGGUCGCAGAGCUAAAGUGUGCCACCAAAACCUCAACAAUAGAUGACGGAAGCAACAAUUCAACCUUCGAACACUCUCUGCAGGUGCAGACUGGCGGGCUCUUGACCGUGGAUGCCGUGACAGGAACUGUUCGAUUUGUCCACAAAACCGCGAAGGAAUACCUCACUGGCACAGUUGCAAGGGUGUUCUUCCCCACCGCCCAGAAGGAUAUUACGGAAGUGUGUAUUACAGCCAUCUCACCAGAUGAAGUGGUCGAUGAGUGCUACCGAAAUUGCGGGCCGAUUCCCCGUAGCGCCAGUAGCGGCUUUCUCAGCUACGCGGCGAGAUACUGGGGCGACCAUGCUCGUCAAGUCCCUGAUGACGAGCAAACAAUACAGGUCCUCACAAAAACAUUUCUCAAUAAGCUCCUGUGGCGACGGCCACCUUUGAAGGAUCUGAGUGAUGAAAGAGUCAUACCUAAAGAGCUAGGCCUUGGGUGUUAUCCUUCAGACUGGAGCGCUCUGCAUGUUUUGGCUUUCUUCGGCAUCAUCCCUCGAUCAAACCGUCUGAUCCUCCAAGGUGCCGAUGUCGAUGCACAUGACAACACCCUAAAGUUUACUCCACUUCAUUGUGCCGCGUAUCGUGGAAAUGAUGAAAUGGUCAGUCUUCUGCUAGAACAUGGAGCCGACGUUAACGCCGUCGCACGAGAUGGAAGCACCGCACUGCAUUUGGCCACACAAUAUGGGCAGCGCAAAGUAUUAAAGGUGCUCUUUGCUCAUCGGGUCAAUCCCCAAAUUGCAAACGAGAAAGGCGCUACAGGCCUACAGGUGGCAGUUGGCACAGAAUCCGACGAAUCCACGAUCCCGUUGCUAGUGAAAAACCGAGUAGGCGUGAACAUCCGUAACAUUCACACGGGAGACACCGCUUUACACCUUGCUGUUGAAUGGAGAAGACCACGCAUCAUUCUCUUCCUUCUUGACAAAGGUGCUGCCAUUGACAUGAUGAACGAGAAUGGGUUCACGCCGCUGCAGCUAGCAGCGAAAAUUGAUAAUUGCGAGGCAAUCUCGCUUCUUCUUCAGCGGUGCGCUCAGGUAGAGACGCGCUCCUUGUCCGGAUUCACAGCGCUGCAACUCGCGGCUCAUGCUAGACAUUGGGUUGCCUUUGAUUUAUUAGUCAUUGGCGGUGCCGAUGUCAACGCAUGGAACAAACAGGGGGAUUCUCUGCUCCACGAGCAGGCGAAAACCUCCUCCAAUACAGCAAUCGCUGCUAAGCUCCUAGAGCAAGGUGCCAAUAUAGAAGCUCGUAAUCACCAGGGGUAUACCCCCCUUCAGUGUGCUGCCAGAGCAGGAAACAGAGCGAUGUGGCUGUUUCUGCUUGACAAGGGAGCAAAGAUGGAUGUUGAAACUCCGAAAGGUGAAACACUCCUCCACAUCACACCACCGAUCAACGAUGAUUGUCUCGAUAUUCUCAAACUUGCCCUGGACUUUGGACAUAACGUCAAUGCAGUGUCUAGUCAGGGCUGGACGCCUCUACAUCAGGCAGUGUUCGUUGGCACAGGUGUACCUGACUUGUCUUUUGACAAAACAGCUGAAUACAUCCAGAUGCUUCUCUCGUGUGGAGCAGAUAUCAAUGCUCGCGCCACAUCAGGAGCCGCGGAGACACCACUCCAUCUUGCAGUUAUGGCGGUUGUUCCCAGACCGUCUUUGGUUCAGCUUCUUCUGGACUUGGGUGCCGAUAUAAAUGCCAUGACUUCAGAAGGCAAGGCAGCCCUUCAUCUUGCAGCUGAACGCGGUCGCGAGACAAUAUUCAGGAUCCUUCUGGAAGCGGGGGCAGAUGUGUCACUUGAAACCCCAGACAGUGCCACGUCUGACGAUGAUGACGAUGUUGAUGGUGAAGAGGAGGACGGGGCAGGGAGCACUGCGUUUGAUGUAGCUCGAAAGAACCCAUUUGGUGCGCAAUGGUUUGAUAAUGACGGUCAACUGCGUCCGGGGCCUCUUAGAACCCGUAGAGACAGCGUUGGAACGGACAUAGAGGAUCUAAAUCCUGAGUGCUCGGAGGAGGACACGGCAGAGGCGACCCUUAUUGGAGGCGAACAGCCAUAUGUCCUCAUCACUUGA